AUGACCGAUAUCCCGAAGGUUUGGCGCUGUUAUGUACUAACAGGGAGAAUAUCAGAUGACGCACUAGGAAGGUUAGUAUCAGAAUCGUUAGGCCCUGGUCUUAAUGUUGACAUCUAUCGGUCGGAUUUUCAGCAAACCUGGGUGUAUCAUAUACAAGAUAAAGAGAGGUUACAUGGGGAGCUACUGCUAUUUCAAGACACCGAAAACCCGGAGAGCGAGUUCACGGCGUGUUUAUUCAGUCUCGGAAGUGAAAGCGAGUCUCAAACCUUACUGUUCAAAGCGUUCAAGAAAUGGGUUAUUGAAAACAGUGAAAGCUUAAUUGAAAACAUCAAGUUCGGAGAUAGGCUGAAGUUAAAUAUUGCAGAUCAAGUUCUGGCUAAAAACUGGAGAGGGAUCAAAAUUGGCUUUGGGUCACAGACUGGCCAGAACCGCUUAAAAAAACUGGAACUGGAAGUAUCUGCAGCUGAUGUCUGUCUCUUGAGUGGCGGUGAAAGAGAACGCGUGGUCUCAAAUCGUAUCUUUGAUCAUUUGUAUGAAGAAACAGGUCUCUAUGCUAACAAGUUACCCAUAUUGGAUCUCAAAAUAGAAGGACACGCGUUGGUUACAACCGACUGGUUCCGGGUGCUCCGCGGCUCUAAUACGGCGACAGUGGCGGAUGUAGCAGGUACAGUCCUCGAAGCGUUCAAUAGCGAGCAAAUGGCGUCUUAA